ACUGCCUGUUCUCACUGCUCAGGUCUGGUGCAUCAAGCCAGAAGCAGCCACAGGGAUGGAAGUGUUUCUCAAGAUCGAACACAGGAAGACCAGCUUCUUCACUGAGGCCAAGGAGUCGACCACAGUGUUAGAGCUGAAGCGCAUUGUCCAGGGCUUCGUGAAGAGGCCUCCUAAGGAUCAGCUGCUGUUCAAGGAUGACCAGCUCCUUGAAGAGAGGAAAACUCUGCGUGACUGUGGCUUCACCAGCGAGGUAGCAAAGCAACAGGACCCAGCCAUCGUGACCUUGGCCUUCAGAGAAGAUGCCUUUCAACUCCUGCAUGCCCGCCCUUUUUCUUGUCCACUGAUUGGAGGUGUGCUGAAAAAUGGUCUAGACUUAGAGAGAGAGUUGGAAUAUGUUAUGCAGUGAGGGCCCCAAACCCACUCCUAGGAAUUCAUUUCCUGAUAAAGAUGUGACUCUCUUUCUACAUUAAGAAAUAAAUAAAUAAACUUAACACACCGAUGUCA